UGCCUCGACUCGGCUGCCGCCGUCAGCAUCUCAGCCCCCGCGGCGAGGGCGCCGGCCGACGGCCAGCUGCGAAAGCACAAGUCGCCUAGCUGGGGCACGGGGAGGGGCCUCGGGCCGACCGGGUCUGUGGGAGACAUCCGCUUCCGGGGCCGCGGCCAUCGCAACCCUCGACUCUGCAGGCCCGCGGAACUGGACUCGUCAGCAGAAGCUGACCCCGGGCCCUAGAGUCCCUAAGUCCCGGCUGCCCUCGCUCUGCCGCCCGCCUUCAGAACCAGACAUGUUGGAGCAUCUGAGCUCACUGCCCACGCAAAUGGAUUACAAGGGCCAGAAGCUAGCUGAACAGAUGUUUCAGGGAAUUAUUCUUUUUUCUGCAAUAGUUGGAUUUAUCUACGGGUACCUGGCUGAACAGUUCGGGUGGACUGUCUAUAUAGUUAUGGCUGGAUUUGCUUUUUCGUGUUUGCUGACACUUCCUCCAUGGCCUAUUUAUCGCCGGCACCCCCUCAAGUGGUUACCUGUUCAAGACUCAAGCACAGAAGACAAGAAACCAGGGGAACGAAAAGUUAAGAGACAUGCUAAAAAUAAUUGAUUGGGGUUUUCAUGAUUCAGCUUUACUGUUGUACCUGCUUUUGUUUUGUGUGACAUGAGCUAAACUGUUUUCAUACAUAAAACAUAAGCUAAAAACCA